GUUGUGGAAUUGAAACUCGGCUUCGCGUUAGCACGUGUUUGGUAUGAACAACAAUCAAUUUGUUCAUGUGAGUUUUCAGAAUUGCCCACUGUCCCACGUUUGAUAUACAAUUUUACGAACAGUUGUAAAGAUGCCACGUUCUACGAGAGACUCGGACGAAGAUGUAGAACCGAGAACAGGCCGUAGAACUCGAACACUUAGUAUCGUACAAUCCAUGAUAGAUUCCCCGAUACGUCGUAGUAGCAGGAUAAAGCAACCCGUCAAGCUGCAGAAAUUCUCACCAGAUUCUGAAAGUGACACCAAUGUUAGCAGUAAUCAGCCAGUCAGGUUUACUAGACAACGAAUGGCUACUAUGGAUUCUGUUACUACAGAGACACUAAGAGGACGUCGUACUAGAAAACCGUCUAUUUCUUCUGAGAAUAGUGAAAUAAUAGAUGUUGAAACGGUAACUCCAUCCAAAAGAAUUACAAGGAGAAGUUUAACUACUGUAACAUCCAGCACACCCACCAGAGCUAGCGCACGAGUUGUCAGUAAACGUAUCCUGCGUGCUGGGUCUGAGACAAAAUCGCCACCACCAGCGUCUAGAACUACACGUAGAACAAGAGCUAGUUCUGUCGAUCUGGAGAACAUGACCGAUCAAACUAAGAGUCUGAUAUUAACCAAGACAUUACACAGACAAGCAUCUGUGUUAUUGCAGUCUCCAGUUAAGGAGGAAGUUGAGGAUAAGCUGCAGAAAUCUGAUGUAAAAACAGAAACCAAAUUGGUCGAGGAAUUUACAGAUCCGGGGAACUAUUGUUUAUCAGAGAUGGCAGCAGGUUCUAAAGAAAGCCAAAAGGUUCAGGAAAUAGAUGAUACGAAGGAGGAAAAAGUUAAAGAAGAUAAUAGCUGUGACAAAGUAACACCAGCUGUAACACCAGACGAAGUAUCUCAGCAAUUGAAAAAUAACGAAAUACAAAGUAAAUAUGCGGUUGCAACAAUGGUAGAUAAGAAGAGUUUAGAUGAAGUUCCGAGCACAGCAGAUGUACCAUCUGAUAUGAGUGACAAAAUUCUCACUGUCGACGCAAAUUCUCAAAAUGAUAAAACAGAAGAUAAGUCGAUUGAAAAUGAAAAAGGCCUGGCGGAAAUUGAGAAUUCACUAAUGGACAUAUGUAAAAAAUCGUCUACGAAGGAGUUAACAGUUAGGCUUGAAGAUAUACUCAGUACUUCCAUUGGAGAGCAGAAAAGAAAUCCCAGUAACAAGGAAAAUCAAACGCUGAACAUUAUUAGUGAUACAUCGGCUGAAAAAAGCGUAGGACCUAUCAUCACCAGUGUAACGUCAUUAAGCACCAGAUCUCCGACCACAGUUUUUGCAAACAAAUCAUUAAAUGAGAAGGAAACUCAAUUUGCGAGAAACGAGCCGAGUUUAGGUAAACGCCGUCGCUCGAAAGAAUUGACAGAAACUACAGUGAAACAUAUUACGAAUGACACGGUUAAGUCAGUUCCGUCAACGGUUGACACUGUAGAAUUAGUUGAAGAGGUUCUCGAUGAUCAAACGUUCGUAGAAACAGUAAAUAAACCUGAUGAAAAUGUAACAGGAGUGACCGGUAAAUUGGACAAAGAUGUCAUUAAUACGGAGCCUCGUGAUAAAACUGUGGCUUGGCAAGAAAGUUUAUGCUCUUUAACUGCUAAUAAUGAUGAAAUGAAUUUACAGUUAGAGGAGUCAAAUGUAUCUCAAGAUAAAGACAAGUUACCGCUCGAUGAAUCGAUGAAGACCACAGCAGAAUCCAAUACCAAUUGCUCGGGUAAAUCGAUAGAUGUUGAAAUUAGCAAUGAUAAAUCCAAUGCAGUUGUCGAACUGGCCUCCGCAGCUCAGGACGAUGCGAAAGAUGGUUUAUCGGACUCUACGGAACGAAUAAAGGAGAAUUUAUCUAAUCGUGUAACGCAAUCGGAAUCUCCCACUCUGGAGACGAUUAACCCUUCCCUCAACGAUUUAAGCGCAGCAUCUAAUCAAGAUACGCAAUCCCGUGAUGUUAUAGGCGAGGAACCCAGGCAAGAUGUGUCAUCUGAGAAGACAGAGUCCACCUCAUUGGAAACCAGCGGGAUUUCAACACAGCAAAAGGAUACAUCGGGUGUGAGCACAGAAAAAAAGAGCUCGGCGGAAGAAAGUAUGGAAAUUGAUGCCGACAAAUCUGACGUCGAUAUUGUUAGCAUGUUUCAAGAUGUUCCGGCUGAUAAUUGGAAGGAAGAUGCAGCUGAGACGAAAAAUGCUGCGGAAGGUGGUGGCUCGAAUUCUCUCUUGGCGGAUCAUGAAAGCGAAGCCGAAUGUGAUCUUGUUUUGGUGGACAAACAAGCGUGGUUGGCGGCUGAAAACAUGAAGACAGUGAGGGAGAAGGAAUGUUCCGAUUAUGAUUCCGACGACACUAUGAUAAUGAAGAGCCGAUUAGACGCUACGCAAGUCAGAAAGAGAUUGUCCACCAUAGACGAAACAUUGCUAAUAAAUAUUGACGAUGAUGACGAAGAAGAGGAAGAGAAAAAACAAGAAGAGGAAGUAUCCAUACCGGUAGAGGAAAGAAAAUCAUCAGCUAAAAGUAAAUCUGCAAUAGGGCACAAUUCUCCCCCGACUAUAUGUAUAGAUGUGGAUAGUUCGAGUCCGGUUGAAUUUUUAAACAAGUCGAAGGAAGUUUCAAAUCGAAGCAGCAGUCAGCCUGGAUUAAAUGAAGGAUUGGAACAAGCAGCGGAACAGUCCGUCAAAGUGCUCGAUGAAUUCGACGAUGAAAUUAGAGGUGACGCAAAUAGAAGUUCGCAAUCAUGCAGGAACGCAUCUUUGCGAAAAUCAACCGACAAAAGAGAAUCAUUGAAUAAAUCUUCGAAAGAUGCAAGGCGGAGCUCCCAGAGUCCGCAAAACAAUUCCGCAAGUGAAUCCCAAGCGAGCACCUCGGAGGAAGAACUACUGGAUAAUAUAGAAACACAUAAUGAGAAAAAUUUGAAGAAGAAAAGGUGGUCUUCGAUUAAGUCGAAUGGGGAUAGUGAUAAAGCUGGAUCUGAAGGAAAGAAAAGAUUGUCGGGUAAAGAUUUAUUGAUAAAUGCGGAGGAUACCGAUGAAAAUGACGAAGUGACGCAAACUAAGGAUUUAAAGUGUAAAAAGAGUGAUGUGAACUAUUCUAUGUUGGCACACGCUGGCUCGAAUUCAAACAUCUCAAGUAAAUCGAGCAACGAUACGACAAACGAUCCGAUGAAAUAUUACAAAUGUGCUCGUAACUUGUUCGAGAAGAAUAACAUUACUGACGAUAACAGUAGCGAUGACGACAACAUUGACGAUGAUGGUAUAGGUAGUAUAGAUUCCGAUGUCAAGAGAGAAUACAAUCUGGAUGCGGCGGAACGAGAAUACUCGGACGACAAUGUUCCCUACGAUGAAUGUAGAACGUCGGAAUCAGAAUUUUCAGAUCCCGACGACAACGGUUCGGAUCUUGCUGAUUUUAUAGUCGCCGAUGACGCGAUAGAAGAAGGCGAGAGAAACAAAAGAGAGGGGAAAGAGAAGCAGAACGACGAAGGUGACGAAAGAGAAGAGGGAGUAGAAGGUAGUAGUGCAAAUGAUGAGGAGGGUACGAGUGAAAAUAAUAGCGAACAAGUGGGAGAAGAAGAUGAAAGCGAAAAAUCCGCCAGAGCGAAGACGAACGUGAGUAAGAAUAACACUUCCGACAAAUCGUUUGAAGUCGAUAGAAAGAAGAAAGUGUCUACCAAGCACACUGUACCUCGUCAAUCAAAAGAGGAUGUUAAUGUGACGAAAUCUCACAUGAAGAACAUUGAGCAAACUAUUAUUUUGGACUCUUCUGGCUCGUCGAUUAAAAUAAAGAGGAAGUCGCACAUGGAUGAAACGGAGGAACAGAACACGAUGGAACAAAUUAAUGAAUCUAAAAUAAAUAAAAGAAAGUUGUCGAAAGCGACACGCACAUCGCUGGAAUGUAGUACGCCAAAGAUGAAUUCUUCUAAACAAGAAUUCGUGAGCGAUAUUGAAACGGCCGCGUCGGCUUUAGAAGCUGAAGAUGAAAAAUUAAAGAGCGCGAGCGAAACGCUUAAGAGAAGAAAAUCGAGGAAAGAUUCUACAUCGGAAGAAGACACGAGUCAUUUCAAGGAACGUACAGAUAAUAAAGAGAAAAUAUUGCACAUUGGCCUGCUGUCAUCUGAUCUACUGGAAAAGGGAAUGUCCAAAACAACUGGACUAAACAAAACUGUGAACGUUACUCAUACCGAAACGCCUACAAUAAGAGAUUUGAUGAAAGAAAAAUUGAAUGAAAGCACUCCGGAAUUAAGAGUCGAGCCUAGUCAACUGCAGAAGAGGCGGUUAUCCAAAGAGGAAGAUGAGCAAAGGAAUGAAAAGGAUAGCGACGAGGAGGUGCCUGAGCUCGUAGCGCUGUUCGGUGAUAAUAUACAGCAACAUGGUCGACGAAAACAGAAGAGACGCAAGAGGCAAACGGAAGAAAUAUCGAACGAGAAUAUCAUUGAGAACAUACUAUCUCAAGAUACGGUAGAAUCGGAUGUUUCUAAAAAGAGGAAGAGAAAGAAGGAGGAGAAAAGUUACGGUAAUCUAUUAACUGUAAAGGAUACCACUUGCAAAGAUACAUGUCAGCUCACUGAGAAAAGGAAGAAAAAGGAGAUUGGUGUGAGCAAAACGGACGAAAAUGGGGAUAAUGUACAGCAGGAGCGUAAGAAGAAGAAGAAGAAGAAGAAAAACCAAACUAGCGGGGAAAUGUCUGCGGAAAAUAUUUUAGAUAAUGUUGCAAAGGGAAAGGCUAAACGGCAAGAAAUAGCCGUGAGCAGUAAGGAGGAGACUCUGCCGGGGGAAUCACUGAAGAAGAAAAAGAGGAAGAAGGAGGAAAAGGAGAGAGAGGAAGAAAAUAUUCCACCACCUCAAGCUCCAAAGUCGAAAUCGAAGUCUGGCAAGAAAGCCGAAAAAUCACAACUGCAAAAUGUCCUCUUGUCAAAAACAGUUGAAUCGAAGAAUGACGCUUUCGUCAAAACACGGAGCGAAGCAGCGGAAGUUAUCAAAUCUGCUACAGAACGUAUCAAGCUGAAAGAAUUGGAGAAGAGAAAAAAGAAGAAGCGAGAAAUUCAGGAAAUCUCUGUUAAAAGGAAGAAGAAACAUAUUGAGGAACAGAAGACUCGACUGUCAUCUACGGGUGGCCUGAAACGACUUUCGGACAACGUGGUCGACAAACUCUCAGAUACGCCAACGCGAGCGAAGAGACGAAAGCUCAUGCAAAACAAAGAACAGGCCGUGCCGUCGACAAAGAAGCCCAAAUCCCACGACUCGAAGAACAGCAAUUGUAUCUCGUUGAGUGCCAGCGGUAGUACCACGCAGUUCUCCGUGGUAAAUCUGUCGAAGGGCAAUAAACAACCGUCGAGAACGGUCGUUUCAAUAAUGUCGUAUAGGCAACGAAUGCUGAAUAGAAACCAACGAGAGCCAACUUCUACCUAUUUGAUGUAUCUACGAAAGCAGCGCGCAGUGUCAAACGACGGCUUUUCCAAUAACGCAUUUUAAAUGCAUAUCACUCACUGGGCUUGUAUUCUUUCAUUAGGCCCAAAACAUUGUAAUUGAUAAUAAUUUCUAUUGAAGGAGGAUUGAAUUACGUGUUUUUGUGUUACAUCUUCUGAAUAUUGUAAUCUUUGGUCAAUGUUAUCAAAAAGUAAUAUUGAGAACAAUUCAUACAUUUUUCAGUGCGUUUGAUGUGUUUUACGGAGGUAUCUUUUUUUUAUUUUUGGAUAAUUAAGAAACGUUU